CUCCCACAGCACCGGGGGAGGGGGCGCCGGAGGCAGAGCGCCCCCCCCCCCCCGACUGCACCAAGAGGCUACACUGCUUUAAGACAAAGACAUCAUGGAUAAAUAUGAAAUUAUUAAAAUGAUUGGGGAAGGAGCCUUUGGCAAAGUAUUCUUAGCAAAAGGAAAGGUAGAUAACCACCAAUCUGUUAUCAAAGAGAUCAAUUUAACAAAGAUGCCUGUGAAAGAAAAAGAAGCAUCUCAGAAAGAAGUAAUUCUUCUGGCUAAGAUGAAGCACCCAAAUAUAGUUACAUUCUACAGUUCUCUUCAAGAAAAGAAUAAACUGUACAUUGUGAUGGAAUAUUGUGGUGGAGGUGAUCUGAUGAGACGGAUCAAUAUGCAACGUGGAGUGUUGUUUGAUGAGGACCAGAUUCUGGCUUGGUUUGUGCAGAUUUCCUUAGGACUGAAGCAUAUUCAUGACAGGAAGGUUUUACACAGAGACAUAAAAGCUCAGAACAUUUUCCUUAGCAAUAAUGGGAUGGUAGCAAAGCUUGGGGACUUUGGCAUAGCAAGAAUGUUGAACAAUACUAUGGAGCUUGCUCGGACGUGUGUAGGGACACCCUACUAUCUGUCACCGGAGAUCUGUGAGAAUCGACCAUAUAAUAAUAAAACAGAUAUUUGGUCUCUUGGCUGUGUCCUCUAUGAGCUGUGCACUUUAAAGCAUCCGUUUGAAGGCAACAGUUUACACCAGCUGGUGCUGAACAUCUGCAGAGGACAUUUUAUCCCAGUGUCUCCAAAGUUUUCCUAUGACCUGAGGAUUUUAAUUUCCCAGCUGUUUAAAAUAUCUCCAAGAGAUCGACCAUCUAUCAAUUCCAUAUUAAAGAAGCCUUUCUUGGAGAAGCGCAUUACCAACUAUUUGCCCCCUGAAGUAAUACAUGAAGAAUUCAGUCACACUGUUAUACAUAAAAAAAGACCAGCAGCACAGCCUGUAGCCAAGCUGGUGCAGGUUCCUAAACUUCAAAAAGUGAGAGUCCAGGACCAUCGUCCUCCAAGAUUCAGGAUGGUGGCACCUGUCAAGAAACAGGAAUUAUUACAUAGUAAUGAAUGGAAACCUCCUUCAAGAGUCCAGCAGCCUAUUGCCCAGCAUUGGCGCUCCAGAUUUAAGAUGGCAGAAAGGCCAGAAGCUGCCAGAGUACAUGGACAUUAUGGUCAUUACUAUGAUAAACUUGACAACUUGCAGAAGAGACUUUAUGUACAAGACGACCUUUCUCGCAUCAACCAAAGAGUCGAGGAGUAUUAUAAACAGAAAGGACAAGUUGCAGCACCCCCACCUGAGUGGCCUGCAGAGUAUCUUCAAAGACGGCUCGAAGCCCAGCAGUACAAGAUGAAAGUGGAAAAGCAGUUGGGACUGCGACCAUCCUCUGCUGACCCCCGUCACAACCAGAUCCAGCUGCAGGAAGUGAUGGAAGAGCAGCUCAAAGACCAUCAGAGGGAUCUGGCUAGAAGGAAUGAAAUAAAAGAAGAGGAAUACCUGAAACAAUUACAGAAAAUUCGGCAGCAGUACCACAGUGAUGUAAAAGAACUUAGAUUCAAAGCAGGAGCAUUGCAGGAGAAUUCACAAAUAAAAGACAAAACCUAUCUUGUGAAACAUGGGAAAGCUGGGGGCCAGCCUGAUCCAAAAGAUACUCCUGGAAGAAGAGAACCACCAGUCCAGGAUAUUGAAGAAAACUUAAAACAUAUCAGACUACAGAACUGGCAAGAGAGAAGAGUCCUGGAAAAGAAAUGUAAAACAAAGGGAGGAGUAAAAUUUGAAAUUAAUUUAGAUGCAUGUGUUCCUGAGGAAGAUACUGUGCAAGAAGAGGAACUAGAUAAACUUAACGAGACGUUAACUUUUGAGGAUGGUGAGAAUCUUAAGGAGAAAUGGAUGAAGAUCUAUGAAGAUCACACACAAAAAACUUUGGAAGAACUAUGCUCUCCGGAAGGAGAGGCUGGCAAUAUAGAUAAUGCCAUGGAAAUCAGAAAACAAUGGCAAGCUGGAGCCCCCCAGACUCUCCUGGAUUUUCUAGCUGAGGCAGACAUCACAUCUGUCUGCCCUACAAUGGCUGAAAGUGAACUUGCUGGCCGGGUGGUUGUCGUGCCUGAAGAAACACCAGAAAACAGGAAACAGUGGAAACAAGAAGCACCUGGGACACUGCUGAGUAUCUUAGCGAAAGCAGAACUGUCUAAUGACUCCUUCACCUGGACUGAAGAGGAAUCUGAGGGUACAUUAUCACCCUGGCUGCCAAAAGAGAAUAAGGAUGAUAAUGCAGAAACAGGCUCCACUAUCGAUACCGAUGAAAACAGACUUGAGCCAAGAUCUGAUGAUGAUGACACGAACUUUGAAGAAUCUGAAGAUGAAUUGAGGGAUGAGCUGGUGGAAUCACUAGAAAAAGUGGCAACUUCUCUGGCAGAGGAAGACAGAGAGGUGCCAAUCCAGUCAGCAAACAAAGACAAACCAGAAGGAGAGAGAGAAAGCUUAGCUAGUAAAAUACCUGGGAAACCUGAUGAGGUUUUAGACAAUAACACUGAUUCACUUACUGCUGACACAUGUAAUGGAGAAGGCAGGCAGGAAGCAGCAAUCAGCUAA